AUGGAGAUGACAAAUCUGAAGAAGCAAAAGGUAACAGAGGAAGAAGCACCACAAGGAAUCAGUAAGUUGCCGGAUCUACUCCUCGUUCAAAUUCUCUCACUUCUCCCAACAAAGGAUGCAUUCAGAACUUGUCUAAUUUCUCCAACGUGGCGGCGUCUCCCAACUUUAAUUGAUAGCUUUAAUUUCACUUGUUCAACUGACCGGGAAAGAGAAGAUUUCUCCUUUAUUCAAAAUGCAUUAGCACAUUCCUUCUCUUCCAAAAUUAUAAAGUUCAAACUCGACUUAACUGACUUGAGUCUAUCAGACUGCAGUUUCAGGCCUGAGUAUGAAAUUCUAAUCAGUGGUUGUUUUAGUUUUGCUGUUGAAAGAGAAGUGGAAAAUGUUGUGUUGUGGUCUCAGUAUAGUAAUGGGUGCACAUUACCUGAAUCUCUCUGCACAUGUUCAUCCUUGAUAACUUUAGAUGUUAAACAUUGUGGCUUUAAUAACGCGGUCAUAACGUGGAACUCUCUAAAGAGUAUAAAGUUGGGGCAUUUGAUGCUAACCGAUGAUGAAAUGGUGAAAUUAUUGUCUGGCUGUCCUGCAUUGGAAACAAUGGAAUUAUAUAGCUAUACUGGUUUCCAUCGCCUGGAAAUUAAUUCCCUAAAAUUGAAGACACUUAAGUUGAAAGAUUAUGUUCGGAUGGGUGGAAAUGGAGAUGACUUAGAAAUUCUUGCCCCGUAUAUUCAGCAUUUGGAAAUAUCAGGAGAAGAUCUCAAGUGUAGGCUUAUUGAUGUGUCUUCUGUAGUUAAUGCUAAGCUCAUUUACAGCUUUCCCUGUAUCAAAGGCAUUCCAAGUACUUAUGUGGAAGACUGCUGCCGUGACUAUCAUCAAGUAGUAUAUACCCUCGUCCAAGAUAAUUUUCAAAAGUUAUGUUAUGCAACUGAUCUAACAAUUGGAACUUGGUUCACACAGGUCAUGUGCACAUUGCAGUUCAAAGGGUCGCCCAUUUCAGAAUUGAAUUGCAAAUAUUUAACGCUGAUGUUGCAUAUGACAACGUUUAAUAUGUACGGAGUAGCUGGUCUUUUGAGAGCCUCGCCACAUGUGGAAACAAUCAGCAUAGAAUUGGAAUAUACGCUGUUAGAUGAUUUCCCGAUCUACAAUUGCUGCUGCAGCUCUGAGUUACUUGAUUUGGCCAAAUGUUGA